AUGGCUUAUGGCCAUACCCAACCUCAAAUUAGGCCUGGUACAUCAGUCGAAGGAUGUCCAAAAAUUGCUUACAAUCUUCAAUACAAGCAUUACCUUGUUUCAUAUCUUUUUCGUGCUACAAGAAUCAACUCCAACCAUCUAGUGGUUUUGUCUCAAGUCGUGUCAUCCGGUUUGAUACUGGAACUCUCUAAUCCAGUUCUAUCCGUAAGCGGAUACAAUGAACUCAGACAACCAACAGACAUCGAAAAACUGUCUUCCCUCGUUUAUAACCCGAUCACCAACGGCUUUGUCAUUGCUGUCGAAUUGAAGAAUGCAAGAAAAAUUACAGAAAUCACGGCAAUUUACUUAACCAGACAUGGCAACUUUCAUUUGGCUCGUUCUGUCUUCUCAUACAUUUCAAACGUGAAGCAACCGACGGUUGCGUAUCAUUCGCGCAGUCAGUCUUUCGUGUUUGUCUCACAGCUGGAGCAUUUCGGCACAAUGCCGGCCGGGAUGGAUGCGCUUCUAUUGCGAACGGAACUGGCCUCGGGAAGAGCUCCAAUUGGUGAUCUUCCAAACUUUGGCAGACUCAUUAGAUUCACGUCCGUGCGCCAAUCGUUUAUCAAUUUGCACAGCGAUGGCGCUGACGGCUGCCUUCGCAUUUGCUAUUUGAUCGAAAACAAUUCGACGCUGGCGGCGCCGACGUGCGCAAAGGUAUGCGAAACCGAUUCGGGCGGAUGGGACACCAGAGACGAACAUAUUUCCUUCCGUACGUGCAAAGCCUCGGUGGAAUAUCCAUCAAUCAUCGAGUAUCCGGUUAACGGUGCCAUUUUUGCUGUUUGGGAGAAAAGAGAGGGCAACUCGACGAGUAAUCGUCUACAGGGAUACCAUGUGAAUAGCCGACAUUUUGAGGAGAACACUUCUGCUGCUAACUAUACAUAUGGGAAUCCACUGGCUGUGUACAAGUCGAGAGACGCACAAGUGUGCGUUAGUUGGAAGCAUCACAACGCGAGAAACUCUUGCAGUAGACUCGCUCUUAGAUGUUUCAAGUUGUCGCGAGACUGCGAUGAUCCGUGCAGCUGUCCGGGCGACGUCCCUGUUUGUGACAUGUGUGGCUACGUGGAGUGCGACCCCAGUGCAGAGUGCACGUCAACAAAUCAAUGUCGAUGUCGAACCGAGUUGGGAUAUAAUGGAAAUGGCACUCACUGCACAUUUGACCCUUGUAGUCCUGAUCUUCAUACGUGCGCGAAAAAUGAAACAUGCACAACGGAUGGAACGUCUGCUACUUGUGCGUGCAAGACUGGAUUCCACAGAGUAGGUACCUCGUGUGCGUUGGCAGAUCCCUGCACUCCUGGUUUCCACGAUUGCGAUGUAAACGGCUAUUGCCAACGAAAGCAAGGUCGCCUCUACACAUGCCAUUGCUAUCGAGACUUCAUUGGAGACGGAAAAGUUUGCAUCGAUGCGAGGCAGUGUGAUCGACAUGCUACACGCGACGGAGGCAGAUGCACAUGUAAUCGAGGGUUUGUCGGAAACGGAGCUUUUUGCUGCAAAGAAAAUUUCAAAAACAAAAUUGUUAAAAUUGGCCAAAAUGUUAAUCUAAAUCUUGACACGUCCUGCUUAGAAAAAUAUUCAAACUUUACUCGAUUUCAAUGGUUUCGCAAAGGUGAGUCUUCGCCUGUCGACACGAUAUCUCGUGCUAGUAAGUAUUCGCUCAAUCGACGUCGCACCGUUCUUCGCAUACGAAAGAUCGGAAGCAAACAGUUGGGACAAUAUGUCGUGCAGUUUCAUGUCGGCAGUGAAGGACCGUUCGAGGUGUCGGCGAGAGUCGACGUGGCCGUGUUGAAUAAGAAGUGCGAUUGUGGAUACUCUGGAAGAAUCAGUUCGAGAAUUUCAUCGGGAGGAAAAAAUGUAACAGCUGGAGAGUAUCCGUGGCUCGCAAUGUUGUGCGGAGUUCGAGGAGUCUUUUGUGGAGGCGUUAUGAUCAGCGACUGCUACAUUUUGACGGCUGCACAUUGUGUAAAGGGAAGCGAUGUGAGACGUAACUUCAACACCAAAAAUAGUAAAACCCUUAAAGUUUGUCUAGGACGAACGUGCGGCAACUGCAACAAAGGAAUAUACGAUCCAAAGAACAACACGAAUGUGGUGAAAGCGCAGUGCUUGCGUGCUCACCGAAUUAAGGUACAUCCGGCCUACAACGAAACUAGUCUCGCCAACGACAUUGCACUAAUACAACUGAAGCGUGGUAAGUGCAUAAAAUGCGAUGGCGUCGGUGCUGCACCGGUGUGUCUGCCUGUGGAAGCGAGAGACUCGCAGUUGCUAGCCCCGGGAAGAAAGGCGUGGGUGUCCGGAUGGGGGAGUAUCGACGGUCGACAAGAUGGGUCACAAUGUCUAAGGAAGGGUCGCACUCAGAUAGUGGAUCAUGAUCGGUGUCGAGCCUUCUAUGCACUUCAGCCCUUACAUCAUCGGUCACGAUCGUAUUCCAUUUCGAAUGAUCAAUUAUGUGCUCUAGACGAGAACGGUCCGUGCGACGGCGACAGUGGUGGACCGUUGGUCGUGAAGAAUCCGAGUUUCAACAACAGAUUUGUGUUGGCUGGUUUGGUGAGCUGGGGACUGGGGUGUGGAAGGAAGGACACCUUUGGCGUCUACACUGAUGUCUCGCAUUUCCUCGACUGGAUCUACGUCAACUACGAGUGACUGCUUUUCUCUUCGAACUUACGCAAACUAUUAGGUUGCGUUCUAAAGUCUUCUUUUCUGUCUUUACAUGCUUUGCUGAUAAAAAUCAGUAUAUCAAAUUCUUUCUGCAAAUUAUAAAAAUUUUGUUUGGCCUCAGUGACAAAUACAGACUUGA